CAGCGUAAACAAUCAUCUAUGAGCAAUAUAACACGCUGUUUGAUUGUAAGCAUCAUAUUAGUCUUGUAGGUUUUAAGAAACGUUUCGAGCAAUAAUAUUUCAAAACCGCAAGUUAAAAGAUAUAAGUGUGACAAUUUGUAAUUUUUUUAGCCAUUUUUUUUGAGAGACACACAGACAGCCACAUUUUCUGUGCUCAAGCUGUAACUAAUGGCUGGAAAAGUUCUCUGUGAGGCAACAAAACUGUACAACAUCCUAAAUCAAUACACUCAUUUACCAAGGCUUGCAGAGAGCAACUACCUUUGUCUGAUUGAUACACGUGCAGCAGAAUCAUAUAACUUAAGUCACAUCAUUACUGCUAGAAAUGCAAAAUGGGAUUCUGACCGAAAGUUUAUUAUGCCCAUGGAUGUUGAGAUUGAUAGUAUGAGGUACAUCAUUGUUUAUGACAGCAAUACACAUUCUCUGUUAGAUUCAGGACCGGCCAUAGACUGUGCAGACUGCUUAGAAAAAGCGAGCCGCUUUCCUAUUCAGAUUCUUACUGGGGGUUAUGAGAAGUUUUCUGCACUCUAUCCUUUCCUAAGAACGCAAAAGAUUCUUUACAGUAUUAGGGAAUUGGAGAGCUUGAAUCCCUAUCCCGUGGAAAUCUUACCUGGCCAGCUUUACAUGGGUGACUAUAGGCAGGCCACAAACCCUCAAAUCCUUAAAGAUCUGAAGCUGAAUGCACUUGUCAAUGUCUCUGAUGAAUGCAGUCUAAUGUUUAAAAAGGCAAACUGCACUGUCCUACACGUCCGAAUUGCAGAUUCUCCAGAGGCAAAUUUAGCCACUUCAUUUGAGAGAAUGUGUGUUUUUAUUGGUUCACAUAUCAAUACUGCUUCUUCUGUUUUGAUAUUCUCUACUCUUGGGAGAAGCCGAUGCUGUGCUGUAGCAAUGGCAUAUCUUAUGCAUCACCUGAAAUACACACUUAAGGAGGCGUGGAAUCAUAUUCAGCAGUGCAAAGCCAACAUGAGGCCAAAUCGAGGAUUUGUGCAGCAACUUUCUGACUGGGAACUUCACACUGUUGGGACAAGAGUUACAGAUAUUUCAGAACCCAACUACUGACAAUAACCAAAUUUAACAGAAACAGUGCAUCACUGUGCACAUUCAUAUUCAAUGGCUUGCUACAGCCACUGAUGAAUCAUAGGUUUUUAUUUACAUAUUAAUAUAUCAAAUAAAGUAAUAUUAAAAUGCAAUAAAUAAACUACUUCCCAUAAACAUGUUGCAUAGACAAUAGUAGAAUGUACAAAAUAGUGUUAAGAUGUCAAAUAGUGCACAGUGCAUAUAUAG